CUCGCGGCCCCGCGAGUGGCCCGUCUCGUCGCGAGAAGAGGUAGCGGGGACGUCUGCGCUGACAAACGGAAGUGUAGGUGACGGUCCGAGGCAUCACCGCCAAGCUGGGAACCGGGGAGAUGGCCGAGACUGACCCCAAGACCAUGCAGGAUCUCACCUCGGUGGUGCAGACACUCCUGCAGCAGAUGCAAGAUAAAUUUCAGACCAUGUCUGACCAGAUCAUUGGAAGAAUUGAUGACAUGAGUAGUCGCAUUGAUGAUCUGGAGAGAAACAUCGCCGACCUCAUGACACAGGCUGGAGUGGAGGAACUGGAAGGUGAAAACAAGAUACCUGCCACACAGAAGAGUUGAAGGUUGCUAGUAACUUACACUGAAAUCUGCAACACCAUUUUUCCAAGCCAAGAGAAGACUGAAUGGCUUUUUGCAGCUAACUACUAUGUGUAAACAGGUUUUAUAUUAUAAUGUGCAUUCUUAUCACAUACUAUAUUUAGUUUAUAGAGUGAUUUAUCCCGCAGUUUCUCAAACAUGGUAUCUUCACAUCUUGGACCUUGGUCAGUUGUGCUAUUAAUUAUUAAACACUAAAACUGUGGUGGUUCCUGCAUAAAAAAAAUUGUCAAAUUUUUUAGUGUAUUUUUGUGAAGUCAUUUUUUUCCUACCAUUCCUUUUGUAGUAGUUGCUGUUUGAUAAAAGUUGCCGUGUAAUUUUUUUAUUAAACAGUAAAUCCUUCGAUUAUAGGUAGACCUGGUGAAGUAAGACAUUUGUAAACUUUAGGUUUCUUUCAUUCUCAGCACAAAGUGACUGUUUAGCUAACACCAUACAGUGUGUUGGCAAUACUUUUCAAAUGACUAAAAACAUUUAAGAAUUGUUCAUUCAGAAAUACCUGUUACUGCUCUCUUGCCAAAACUCAGAAUUGAACUUUUGACUUACGUCUUGAGUUCCUGAGAUCAGAUGCAAAAGUCGAUGAAAAGUAACCACUGCCACUGUCCUGUGUUAGAACUUAUUUAAAGAACAGAAAAUAAUAAAAUAGCCUGAUGUAAUGAGACGUUCAUUAGAGUUUUGCAUGAGAUUUUAAUACUUCAGUAGGACCCUGCAUUAUUCAUCUACAGUGGUUAUAAAAAAUCGGGCAGGAUUUUAAAACUCACUUGCUCCAUCUUUGGGCAAGAAAGACAGAGAAAAGGAAAAGAGACCAUGUUAAGCUCAUGCCAGUUGCUUGGCUAGAAAAUGAUAAAUGACUUAUAAAAUAGGCUCAAGUUUUUAAGAAGUACUACUUAAACUAUUUCUUACCUAAAUUCUUGCAGAGUAACAGUUUUAUUAUGGAUUAUAGAAGGCAGGGAUAAUAACUCUUGCCACUCAAAAAUGCAGUGUGCAGUGUGCCAAGCCCAGAGGCCAGUAUUGAUCUGGAAGGCAGUCCGUGUGAUUGUCACCACAAAGUGGUUUUAUACGACAAAAACGUGAAAAAUUGUAAAGGUUGAGGAAUGGUUUGGUCCUUCCUAAAGGGAAAAUCUGAAUGAAAAGAGUAUGUUUUUGUUUUUUUUUAGGUUUUCCAUAUCACCAGUCGUGAUUGUUUGUAUUGGAAAUAUAUAAUAUUAAGAAAUAAUUUGUCCUAUUUAUAAAUUAUAUGAGGAACACAAAGGAGAAAAAUUCUUCUGUGAUAAAAUGAAUUCAGCACUCGUAUUACCCAGCUACAGAACCUCCUUUUAUUGGUCCAGUCGGUUGUGCUGCGGGAUUUAGCCCCUGCAUGUCCCACUCAAACUGGCUGUGACCAGAUGAGCUGAAAGCUGAGGGCAGGUGUAUUCCGAGCCUCGCAAAUGGCAAGUGGAAGUGAUGCGGCUGGUUGCUGUUGUAGGAGAGUCAGGACUUGGGUAGGAGUUGGCCUCCGUAUGUAAUAGAUUUCAAAGGCAGGCUCCCUGACCAAAAAUAUCUGCUGUGAAUAAAGGUGCCUGAAAUCCUGCUACUGAA